GCCCUGCCCCUUCGUCUUGGGUUUAGAAAGCUCUCGGUCCGUUCCCCCUCCCCUCCCCCCUUUCGCCUCGCGGGCGCGGGCAGUGGCUGCAGCCCAGCCUUGCUCCGCAGCCCCCGGCUCUCCACGGCAGGCAGCUGGAGGAGGCCGAGGGCAGGGGCUCGGGGAGAGGGGCUGAGGAUCCCCCGCACGCCCCCAGGAGCCCGAAGGCGGCCGCGCCGGUGGAGGAGCCCCGGCACCCCGGUACCUUGUGCAGGAAGUUAAAGGAAGGACAGAACAAAUCAGCACCAUGUCUUCAGUCUCAGCUUAUUACAAUGGAAAGAAUGUUCUUAUCACAGGAGCUACAGGUUUCAUGGGCAAAGUACUGAUGGAAAAGCUUCUGCGCUCCAGCCCUGACGUGAAAGCGGUUUAUAUACUUGUCAGACCAAAGGCUGGACAAUCAAUGCAAGAGAGAGUGGCCAACAUGUUGAAAUGCAAGGUCUUUGACAGGGUGCGAGAAGAUUGCCCUAAUUUCCACGAGAAGAUUAAGCCUAUUAAUGCUGAACUCACUCAGCCCAAGCUGGCCAUCAGUGCUGAAGAUGAAGAGGAGCUUCUGACCCGAAUCAACAUUGUCUUCCACUGUGCAGCAACAGUUCGCUUUGAUGAACCCCUGAAACAUGCCCUGCAACUGAAUGCAUUGGGCACACAGCGACUUCUAGAGCUGGCCCAGCAGAUGCAGAACCUCGAGGCCUUCAUCCAUAUCUCUACCGCCUAUGCAAACUGUGUCCGGAAAUGCAUAGAUGAAAUCAUCUACCCACCCCCAGCUGAACCCAAGAAGCUCUUUGAUUUAAUAGAGUGGCUGGAUGAGUCUAUCAUUGAAGACAUUACACCCAAGCUGCUUGGUGACUGGCCUAACACUUAUACCUACACCAAAGCCUUGUCAGAAUACCUGAUUCAGCAAGAGAAAGGAAACCUGAACAUUGCUAUCAUCAGGCCAUCCAUUGUGGGAGCUAGCUGGCAUGAGCCUUUCCCAGGUUGGAUUGACAACUUCAAUGGCACAAGUGGAAUAUUUAUUGCGGCAGGCAAAGGGAUUCUCCGGACUGUCAUUGCCAACAACGAAGCAGUGGCAGAUAUGAUCCCAGUGGACGUCGCCAUCAACCUCACCCUUGCAGCUGGGUGGUAUACUGCUGUGCACAGACCAAAAAACAUGUUGGUGUACAACUGCACAACAGGUGGAAUCAACCCUUUCUUCUGGGGAGAAAUGGAGCAGUAUGUUAUGUCCACAUUCAAAAGGAACCCGCUGGAGCAGGCCUUCCGAACACCCAAUGCUCACUUGACGUCCAACUACUUGAUAAACCAGUACUGGAUAACUGUCAGUCACAAGGCUCCAGCCAUACUCUAUGACCUGUACAUGAGGCUCACGGGGAGAAAGCCCAGAAUGAUGAAGAUUAUCAAUCGACUGCACAAGUCUAUGACACUCCUGCAGUAUUUUUCCACCCAGUCCUGGGAUUGGUCUUCAGAGAAUAUGAAUAUGUUAAUGAGUCACCUUAACACAGAGGACAAAAAGUUAUACAACUUUGAUGUUCGUCAGCUGCACUGGUCAGAAUACAUUGAAAGCUACUGCCUAGGCGCUAAGAAGUACUUGCUAAAUGAGGACAUGGCGGGCAUUCCAGCAGCAAAGCAGCACUUACGAAAGCUGAGGAACAUCCGAUAUGCGUUCAACACUACCCUUCUUGUGAUCAUCUGGCGCAUCUUCAUUGCAAGGUCACAGAUGGCUCGAAACAUCUGGUACUUUGUGGUGAGCCUCUGCUACAAGUUCCUUUCCUACUUCAGGGCAUCCAGCACCCUCAGGCACUGAAGCCAUCCAUCCGCAACCAGCCUCUUUCAGAAGGACCCUCCAUCUCCUCUAAUCAGCAACUAUGGGCAUCGGGGUCUGAAAGCAGCAGAAAAAUCAAUCCCUCCAACAGCAGCCUGCAUUUAUUGUGCAUUUAUUACUCACCUUCUUAAUUUUAACUAAUGCUUUAAUACAUGGUGGUCUUUCUUCCAUAGGACCAGGCCAAUUUUUAAAGCCAUAACUGAAGCUUUAGGAACAGGUCAAGCUGGGACCAUUCAUCUAGAGUCUGAUGAGCAGAAGUAAGGAUUAACCAAAGUCAGUGUCUUCCCAUGUACUACUUAGGUUAUCUUAAUUCCAUUUCUUCUUCAGAAGAGGUAAAUUUAAAGCGUACAGACUUAGAAAGAAAAGGAUACCAUCAGGGAAGACCCAGCCAAGGAAAUUUAACCUGUAAGAGGUCUUCCUAAGGAGGCUAUUCCUUCAUUCUCAUUCAGUGAAAUGGUACCUUAUUGAAAAUCAUGAUUUUACCUUUUCAGUUUUUUUAAACUAAG